AUGGGCGCCAUGCUCUCUCUCCCCCUCGUGGGCUACCUCCUCAUGCCCUCCCUGACCUCCUACAGCACUUCAAUCAAUAUACUGUUCUUCUAUAUGACAUGGAGUACACUUGUUCUCAGUCAGCCUCCCCUGAAAGUCGAGAUUGUAGGCACACUCGCAGUCCGCGCUCUAUUCUUCCUAUUCCCAUCGCUUCUGUUCCUUCUCUUCGACUCUAUUAUCCCGAGUUUGGCCGUCGGGAUGAAGACUCAGGGUUCUGCUGCGCUGCCGACAAGGACAGGCGGAGUGCGGGUAAAGAAGAGAGGGACCGGAACUCCCUCUGUGCUGCAAGUGAUUGGAAUGAGUUUUUUCAAUAUUCUCCUGGGGGUUGCGAUACAAUCCGGGGUAGAAUUACUGUUCACGGAAGUGCUGCAUAUACGAAGUGCGUUAAAAGUUAGCACGACACUACCAAUGCCGUGGUCUAUUUUCAAGGAUGUUGUGAGAGGACUACUUCUCCGCGAGGUCCUACAAUAUUACAUCCACCGAUUCGUCCUCCAUCCCAACUCGCAAACUUCCAUCAGCAAACUCCACAAAACCUACUUCCACUCCAUAACAUCCCCAUACUCCUUUACAGCACACUACGACCAUCCGCUCUCUUACAUCCUCUUCCGCUUCGUCCCCACUUACCUUCCCUCCAUCGUCUUCCGCACCCACCUCCUCACCUACCUCCUACUACUCUCCAUCAUAACCCUCGAGGAAACACUCACACUUUCCGGCUACGCCACCGUCCCAGGUAUAAUGCUAGGCGGAAUCGCUCGACGCCAGGAUCUCCAUAGUGAGGGUCAUGGACGAGGAAAUUUCGCGCCUUGGGGGUUACUGGACUGGGUGCAUGGAACGAGUAUUGGUGGCGAUGUGAUGGAGGAUAUUGGGGACGAGGCAGAGAAACAUCAGGUGAAGGAAAGGACUGGCAGGGUGUGGGGAAAUGCGAAGGAGAGUGGGAAGGAAGGUAUCAAGGCUUGGAAUGGAAGGAAGAAAAAUCCGAAGAAAGAAUGA